AUGACUAAAUUAAUAGUUUUGGUGGUUUUGUCUGUUCUGCUUUGUGGAUAUGAGGGUGUCCUCCAUGGAAUUGAAUAGUAAGUUUGAAAUAAAACUUGGCUCUGAAAAGAUUAGGAAAUAACUUGUAAUUAGAACCAUUAGUAUUCAAGGUUUUUAUUGAGAUGUUACGUAAAGUAAGGAGGAACGGAUAGACGAAAAAAUUUUGGUUAUACAUACUUUGAAAGUUAUGGCCAGCCGAGUUUUUUCUCUGUCCAUCUAUGCAAACUUAGGUGAUCUUUCGUGUGUGUAAUACCUCAGCUAUGACUAUUUAGAAACUGGGAACUAAAAUUUUCUGGGCUUGAUAUGCGACCUAUAAGGAAGAGCUCUUCAAAUUUUCAACAAAAUCGAAGCGCCUCUAGAUAUCCCGCUCGAGAUAUCGGUUUCCCCUAAAAUUCAUUUUUUAAAAUAAAUUUGACCAUAUUUCCUUCAGCAUGACUGUUCCUCACUUUAUCGAGCUUCUUCAACACGCUGAAUAUCUUGACCGGCCACUUGGGCUGCCCGAAACAGAGCAUUCUCAAGUCAAUCCGGCGAUAAGAGUGGAUCCAAAUUCUCGACAAGUCCUCACCGAGCUUCAUACUCUACAUUGA